UUGUGUCAGGCUGGCAAAAUUGAUGAAGCUCUGGAUAAGUGUUAUUCAUUGGAGAAACAAACGCGACUGGCGUCUGAUGCCAUUUCUACUGGACGUCUCCUUGUUUGCAUUGUUGAUAUUCUAGGAGAAUUGAAGCAGUGGCAAAAACUGAAUGAACACCUGAUCAUCAUGUCAAAGAAAAGAAACCAGUUGAAGCAGGCCGUUGCUAAGAUGGUUCAGGCUGCCAUGAAAUUCGUGAAUGAGAUAACGGACGAACAAAUAAAGCUAAAUUUGAUUAAUACAUUAAGGGCUGUUACCGAAGGAAAGAUCUAUGUAGAAGUUGAAAGAGCUCGUUUAACUAAAAUCCUUGCUCAGAUCAAAGAAUCUAAUGGACUUAUUGAAGAAGCAGCAGAUGUUCUUCAGGAGGUUAAAGUCGAGACUUUUGGUUCGAUGGAGAAACGGGAGAAGGUGGAGUUUAUAUUGGAACAGAUGCGACUUUGCUUGGCCAAAAAGGACUACAUUCGAACACAAAUCCUCAGCCGCAAAAUUUCUUCUCAGUUCUUCAAGGAAGAAGGUACUGAGGAUUUGAAACUGAAGUACUACCGUCAAAUGAUAGAGGUUGAUAUUCAGCAGGACGAAUAUUUGGCGAUUAGCAAGCAUUUCUGGGAGAUCUACUCCACAAAAAUAGUCCAGGAAGACCCUUCUGAGAAGAGAAAUGCCCUUUGCAACCUCGUUGUCUACUUGGUUCUUGCACCUUAUGACAAUGAGCAGAAGGAUCUGAUGCAUCGUCGCAUGAAAUUGCGCGAUCUUGAAGCUUUGCCAGAAUAUAUUCAAAUUCUGAAGACCUUCACGACUCAAGAGCUUGUUAAUUGGAACGAUUUUCACUGUGCACACGAGAAGACCCUCAGGAAAGAGACCUUGGCUUUCGCAUGUUCUGCAGGUCGUGAGAGAACCCAAAGGGCCAUGAAGGCUUUGCAGGAACGUGUCACUGAGCACAACAUUCGGGUCAUUUCCACCUACUAUACCCAAAUCCGCCUUUCUCGAUUGGCACAGCUUCUGUAUCUCAGUGUUGAGGUUAGAGCCCCCUCUUUUUCCACUUUUUUGUAUAUCUGA